AGGGCGCUCAUCGCCACGGAUCGCUGACAGCAGCGGGCCAGGAAAUCAAAAGCCUGCGAGACAGCAAUAAAUACAAAAACCACAACGAAAGCCAAUUGAAACCUGUGGCCACUUGUCACACAAGUAACUGAAAGUGCCAGUGACAGUUGUUUGUUAAAUUCUCUUGGCAUCUCUCUCCAGUGGUGAAAUAAAAAUAAAAUUCAUUUAUAUAUUAUAUAUAAGGCAAGAAAAACCGGCUGGACAUUGGAGUUCGCGUGUGCGUGUUUCGAUUUUGCGGCCAUACAAAAAAACCGAUACGAAACUCCAUUUAUGACCGCCAUAAGUCGUAAGCCCUGAGUUGUGGCUCGUCUUGUACGUGUUUACGUUACACUUUCUAUAUAUAUAAAAUAUAAAAAAAAAAAGCAAAGGAGAAACGUGCGGCAAAUUGCGGGAAACUUCUUCCUGGAGUGGGUAUAGAAAUCAAAAAGAAAUUCCAUUUUAACAAAUCGAUUUUGUUGUGUUCUUUUUUGUAUUCGAAUGCGGACAGCAAUAUAAAUAGAGCCGGGCCUUAAUGACAAAUUAAAUUGUUGGCACACCAACCAACCCCCAACAAAGAAAAGGUGGCCAAAAAAAGAGAAGAAUAUCAUCACAACAUCGAAGGCAUUAAAAAAUUACGAACCGCGCGUGUUAAAAAGUUUGAGCUGUUAUCAACCAAAAUAGCAACAACAACAACAACAACAACAACAACAACAAGUAGAACAGCAUUAACAAUAAACUGCGAUAAAAGCAACAGACAAACGGGAAAAGUUUCAUUUUGUUUUUUUUUUCUUCUUCUGCUGUGAGGCAGCGACGACGGCGACGUCGAGUACGUCAAAGCGGCAGAAGGCAAAUCAGGAAGGACAAUGAAGGCGUCGCGGCUGGCGGGCUCAUCCUGCCGUUCGUCCUGCUCUCGCCUUUCUACCGCUCAUCAUCAACGGCGGACGUACAGAGCGUGUUGAGCAAUUCCCGUGACGCCGACUGUUGCGCGCUUGAGUGCCGAAACGAAUCGAAUCCGAAGCUCGAGUUUCGACUUUUUGCCAUUGCCAACCAGCUCCAAUACGGCGAUCCGAAUGGAAAAAACGACCUGUAGAGGAUUGGGAAAUGGAGUGGAGGAGAAAGGUCGUAGCUUUAAGCAAAUACUCGAAACACAGUGGAGCAAGAUUGGCAACCAGGAUGAUGACGACGAACUUCGUCAGCCUUGUUUGCAUUGCAGAUUGCAAUUACUCGCGUUUUAAGUUACGCACAGCAACCGAGGCAAAGAUAAACCACAAGAACAGUGAAAAAGCAUUAAAGAAAGAACUUGAAUGAGCUGCGUUUCAAUCACGGUGCGAAAUUGAAGAGAUGUCAGGGGUUAACGUCGCUGACCUUUUGGCCACGACAAUGACAUUGCCCAUAACAGCCACAUCAGCGACAUCAACAACAGCAGCAGCAGCAGCAGCAGCAACAUUCGUUGCAGUUAGUGCCACAACAGUGAAAUCAGCCACCAACAGCAACAGCAGCGGCAGUCAGCUGCAAUCUGCAACAUUAACAAGCCACAUUUCCACAGCAGCAACAGCUGCAACGACGACGACCAGUUUGCCUAUAACAUCACAAUUUGUGGAUGCCUCGUUGACUUCGCUAUCAUUAACAGCCACAUCGUCAGCCUCCUAUUCGUCCUUUUCCCCAUCCUCAGAGUCCCCAUUCGAAUUUCUAGCGACAGUUGGGCCAAACAUAACAGGCAAUGCCAGCGAGAUUGUCGUGGAGAAUCAGGAAGAGUUGGAGGAGAGCUGGCUGGAUCUAUCACUGCUGCUGUUCAAAGGAUUCAUCUUCUCGUCAAUUAUCCUGGCCGCUGUCCUGGGAAAUGCGUUGGUCAUCAUUUCAGUGCAGCGCAAUCGAAAACUGAGGGUGAUAACCAAUUACUUUGUUGUGUCGCUGGCUAUGGCCGACAUGUUGGUGGCCCUCUGUGCGAUGACAUUCAACGCCUCCGUGGAACUGUCCGGCGGAAAGUGGAUGUUCGGACCGUUCAUGUGCAACGUGUACAACAGCCUGGAUGUUUACUUUUCCACAGCGAGCAUACUGCAUCUGUGUUGCAUAUCGGUGGACAGAUACUACGCCAUUGUGCGUCCGCUGGAGUAUCCAUUGAAUAUGACACACAAAACGGUUUGCUUCAUGCUCGCCAAUGUAUGGAUCCUGCCCGCCCUCAUAUCCUUCACGCCCAUCUUCCUGGGCUGGUACACCACUGAAGAGCAUCUGCGGGAGGUGUCGCUGCAUCCGGACCAGUGCUCGUUUGUGGUCAACAAGGCCUACGCCCUCAUCUCCAGCUCGGUGAGCUUCUGGAUACCGGGCAUCGUCAUGCUGGUGAUGUACUGGCGCAUCUUUAAGGAGGCGAUACGUCAGCGCAAGGCCCUCAGUCGCACCAGCUCCAACAUCCUGCUGAACAGCGUCCACAUGGGCCACACCCAGCAGCCCACCAACCUGAGCUAUCUGCAUCCCAGCGACUGUGAUCUGAACGUGGCCUCUGCUCGCGAGGAGACACACAGUGCUCUUAGCAACUUGGAGGACAUGCUGCAACCGGCCACCGACGAGGACGACGACAGGGACGAGUGCGAUGAACUGCGUGUCCCGUCACCACCACCAAGACGUCUCAGCCGCAGCAGCAUCGAUCUGCGGGACUUGGAGCAAGAGCGGUACGAGAAGGUCACGCAUACGGACAGCGCCCCCUCGAUGAUGGCCCUGCAGCAGCAGCAGCCGUCCCACAACCAGCUGCAGCCACCGGCGCCAGUGUUCAAUCCACAGAUAUGGACGGAAGGCAAGAUGAUCCCGUCCAAGGAGAUAGAUAAGGACCAGAGCCAUCCCUCUGCUCCGCAACAACAACUCAGCCUAACCAGCGGCAGUGGGAACAGUGAACCGGAACCGGAGUCCACAGCCUAUCGGGUCUUCGGUCUCAACAGCGAUGAGAGCGAGGGUAACGACCUGUACGACACCCAUCUGCCGCUGGCCGAGGACAACAAGGAGCUGAAGCGCCUGAUCGAAGAUAACUAUCUGUACUUCAAGCGGCAAACGGGUGGCACCAUCAUCAGUGGGCCAGGGGGUGGAAAGUAUGCCGCACUCAGCGAAACGGAUUUUAUCCGCCUAAAAGCAGGUGCAGCAGCCUGCGGGAGGAAGGCAUUCGCCUCCAGCGACUCGGAGUUCCUGCGCACCAUCAGCGAAUCCCGGGCAACGCCGGAACAACCACUGCCUGGUAAGGAGAAGGGCUUCAACAUUCUCUCCCUGUUGGCCAAGACGAAGCGUUCGAGCACCGAGUGCUUUGCCUUGGAAAAGAAACGUCAUCAGGCCAACUCUGAGGGAUCCAGCUUCUUCCGACGUUCCCGGAACCGGAAAUUGUCGCACAGCUACAACGGAUGCGGCGGUGGCAAGGAACGCAAACUUGAGCGACGCCAGCGGCAGCACAGCGAUACGGAUUCCACGCCCAACAAGCCGGACAUCCUGCUGGACAUUAAUGUGCUUAGCGAGCAGACCGGUGCCAGUGUGAUCCAGCAGUUCAGUGAUGGAGUUCAGCUGAUUGACUUUAGCGAGGUGAAGACUCCGCCGGAGAGGAUUCGCAGCGACGACGAGCUGGCCCAGCUGGCUGAUUGUUUCGGGGAAUCCCCCCAGCAGCCAGCUACGCCACCGCCAUCGUUGUCGCCGCCAGAAUUGCCGGAACCGAGUGGCUUGCUCAUCACCAGCAGCUCGGAGCUGGCCGAGAUUUUUCGAUCGCUAAGCUUUCCACUGGGCCGACCAGCCGGCGCUCCACAGCGCCUAAGCACGCUGAGUGACCAGGUGUGCGCCAACUAUUUGAUGUCCCCACCGAACACACCGGCUCCACCGGCCAUUUCCGUGGCCAAUGGAGCUGCCAUGGAAUCUUCCUCCUCGAACGCGCAAUCGGCGUCCAUCAAUGUGUACUUCCUGUCGCCGCCGCCGCAUGCCGCCGGACCUGGGUAUACGCCCAGUGACGCCUCCACCGUGUCCCUAGAUGUGGUGACCACUUUGCCAAUGCCCGUCCCUGUACCGCAGCCAAAUCCCCAAAUGCCCUCGCAGCCGAACAUAUCACCCAAGCCGGAGAUCAUACUCGAUUCCACGCUGUCGCCAGUUGAAGGAUGUGGCGAUGAGCACCGGGAUGUCACGUCGCCACUGUUCAAGCGCAAAGAUAGCGCCGGCGAUGCGGACGUGAGCGUUUCCGGCGGACUGGGUGGGGGAGGCGCUGGCCGCCAAGGACGUUGCAGCAUCCUGGCUGGCUACGAUGGCAUCCAGACUGUUCGCAAGCGACAGGCGUCCGUGGUGACCUACGACGUGAAUGUCAUCAACUUCUCGCAGGAGAACAGUGACAGUCGCAGCUACAUCCCCAUGGGCCGCGUCUCCACCAGUUCAGCAAAGCACGAAUUUUCCAAUAAAUCCUCGCUGAUCCGACGCGGCGGCAUCUGCAUCUUUGUGGAUGAGGAGGAGGCGGAGAUCAUUGAGCAGCGGCCACGUGGUAUCACCUUUGCCGCGGUGCCCAGUCCGCUGCCCAAGUGUCCGCUCUGCGGCGCCGACAUCAGCAGCACCACAACCACCACCGCAAACGCCGGCACCACAAUCGACAACACUGAAACCACCAAUGCAAGUGCAAGUGCUAGUAGUAAACGUAGUAUUCACGAGCCAACUCCAGAUCUUGGCCAGGGGUCCAGGUCGAGGUCAAGUUCCACUCGCUUCUGGCACAAACGAACGGCGGCGGUCACAGCAUGUUGGCAGCAGAGCAAGAACCGGAAGCGCCUCCACAAAACCGGAUGCAGUCACUGUGGUGCAACCGGCGGUUCCGUGCGUCCGGCCAAAGGAUGGAAGGCCGAACACAAGGCCGCCCGCACUCUUGGCAUCAUCAUGGGCGUAUUUCUGCUCUGCUGGCUGCCCUUCUUUCUGUGGUAUGUCAUCACAUCGCUAUGCGGACCAGCAUGUCCCUGCCCCGAUGUGCUGGUGGUGGUUUUAUUCUGGAUCGGUUACUUCAACUCCACACUAAAUCCGCUUAUAUACGCCUACUUUAAUCGCGAUUUCCGCGAGGCAUUCCGCAAUACUCUGGAGUGUGUGCUACCAUGUCUGGAGAAACGAAAUCCAUACAACGCCUACUACGUCUAGACCGGAUAGCGACUGCAUCCCGUCAGCCCAACACAUCCCAACCCUUCGAUACGGAACAAUGCCCCUAUAAGUGAUAUUUAAUACUUGAGUGAAUCGUUAUAUACCAAGAGAAGAAAAAACAAAAACAAAGCAAAGAAAAACAAGAGCUACGGCGAAGAACCAGGAGCAUUCGUGCAAGGAUCUAGAGCUGGAGAAAAUCCUUGGAGCUAAGCAAUACUCAAUGUGUGUUUAUGUAUACGUGUACAUUUUCAUUUAAGCAACGAUAGGGAAUUUAAAUUAAAGUUGUGUUCUGAGCCCGCCAAGCAGCGGUUGCAGGGACAAUGCUGCCCCCCAGGAACUAUACUAUCCAUAUAUAAGUGUUGUUCUGUCCAACUAAACAGGAGAUAUACGUAAAAACUAUACAUAUGGACGAGGAAAAAAAAAACAAAAUUAGAAAUCGCGCGACUCUAUGCAUAUAGAAAAAUCUAAAUUAUAAAAGAAAUGUUGUCAAAUGAAACAUAAGGUAUCUUCGGCUAGUCGAAGAUGAAACACUUUUUCCAUAGAUUAUAAAGUCACAAAAUUGUUAAAACAUUUGUCUGAGAAAGUUAAUUACUUUGUAUUAGUUUUGAAAACUAACUGAAUAUAUUUCAGAAUAUGAGUUAAGAAAACAAUAGUUGUGGAAAAUCUCUUCUUUUCAUAAAUAAUAGGGCAAAGUAUUAUUAUGUUUAAAAUCAUUUUUAAGAUCUUGAAGAUUAAAACUCAGAGGGCUUUUUCAAGAACACAAAAUCAUGGAGAAAGUGCAGUGCCAUAAUCUUACCUAUAGUUUUAAGUAUCAUAUUUAACCUAGAAAACUAGAAAACCAAAUCUACAUAAUCGAGUUAAAUGAAAUUGAAAAUUAUAAAUUACGCAAUCGAAAUUAUGUGAAGAAAAGAAAACAGUAGAAAGUGAAAGAGAAUUGUGUAGGUGGACGUUAUGAAUUUUCAAGCAGAAAGACAAUCUACCAAUGAGUAAACAAGAAUGAACUAUGAACAACCAAAAUUGGCAAGGUGUAGGUAAAAUCCGCUAUUCGCUGCAAAAUCGAUUCACUUAUUUCAAUUUAGUUAGUUGGAUUCCCCCCUCUCUCCUGAGUUGCGACGACUUUUGUGAUAGUAAAGGAAAUUGAUUGUAUUUCUAGUUGAAUUGGUUUGCGUUGAGUAAAUGUAAUGCAUCCCGUCUAAGAAUCUGUAGGAUGCACAAUGUAUGUAUAUGCGUGUGUCUAAGUAUGUAAGGCCAUGUAUCGCUAUGUAUUUCAAUGUACUUGCUGAACUAAACUAUUGCAAAUUAAAGUGUGAAACUAA